AUGCGCACAGAUAUACAAUGUUUACGUGGGAUUGCCAUCAUAUUGGUAUUACUUUUCCAUCUUUUUCCGAAACUGUUUGUAAAUGGAUUCCUGGGAGUUGAUAUAUUUUUUGUGAUUUCCGGAUUUCUAAUGGCGAAGAACCUUACCAACCGGGAACUAAAGAGUUUCAAUGAUUUUCUAGUGUUUUAUUAUAAAAGGCGGAUCCUCCCAUUAUACUAUUUGGUUGUGUUUGUGACUGUUGUAAUGGUCCAUCUGUAUCUGGGAGAUUACUUAUGGGAGAAUAAUAAUAGAUACUCAUUGGCUUCCUUGUUUCUGGUCACCAAUCAAUUGGUUAUUCAUGAUCAGAUGGAUUAUUUCAAUGAGUUUCUCGCCAAAUCCUCUUCCGUUAACGCCUUCCUCCAUCUAUGGUCAUUAUCCGUCGAAAUGCAAUUCUACCUAAUUGUACCAUUCAUUUUUUACGGACUACAACUGCUCAAGCACAACUAUUUGAAAUUGGCAGCAGUAUCUCUUAUAGCAGAAUUCGGUUUUAUAGCUUUCUCUCUGGUAGUCAAACCAUUUGCAUUCAAUUUCAUGUUUCUUCGGUUAUGGCAAUUCUCCGCGGGGUUUGCUGUGUUGUUUUGGAGCAAGAUUGAGGAAAAUUUGAAGAAAAAACAGAAGAAAGAGGAGAAAAAUAGAUCUGAUUUUCCUAAAAAUGAUAUUUUCACAGUUUCCUUAUCUAUAAUUGCUCUCUGCUUCCUCCCCAAAGAAAUCAAUGCUCUGUACCUCCGCCCAUUGGUUACCCUGGCUACUGCUUGUGUGAUAGCUUGCGAUUCUCAGAUCUUGUCCUCCAGAAUAUUGUCCUAUAUUGGAGAUAUCUCCUAUGUGAUGUAUCUGGUGCACUGGCCGUUGAUAGCAAUGUUUUCGGCAAAUGGACCUGUUUUUGGGAUAGUGUUAAUCUUGGUCUCCUCUAUAACUCUCCACCAACUCUUCGAGAAAAAGUAUUUGCUCAUGAGCUGGAAAUCCCUUGUCCCUCUAGUUUUCACACUAGUUAUGGGGAACGUCUGCCUCCAAAAAAGUGUUCGAAUGGAUAGUUUCUGGAAUGUCACCUAUUCAGUGGAUGUUCAACAUUUGCUGAUUGCAAAUCGAGCACAGCUACCGUAUUCCUGGAAGUAUGAAGAAAAAAGAGAGGAGUGUAUCGAGGAGACACCAGUGGAGUCGUUUGCAGAUGGGAAGAUAUUGGGAUAUGGAUCUUGUGUGCCUGGUAACGGAACCUUGUCUAUUCUGGUAGCGGGUAACAGCUGGGCAAUGAACUUCCGGAAUCCAAUACGAGCACAGUUUAACUAUAACUACUCAAGCUUCCGGUAUUGCUCUGUUUCGGCAAGCUACGGUCUCAUUGCUGAAGACUUCUGGUAUUCCCAAAAGAACCUUGAAGCUUUGAAGCAACUAGUUGGGAGGUUCAAGCCCGAUGUACUCUUCCUCAUAGCAAUGCACCCGUACCUCCUGCAAUCCUCUUUUCAAGAAAACGACAAAUAUCUCAGGGAAAUUAAUGAGAAUAUCAAUUAUUAUGAGAAAUACGCGAAAACUAUCUAUAUCCUCGGUUCCCACCCGCUAUACCCAUCGAAUCUACUCACCUCGUUCUUGAAUGCAAUCGUAGAUCACAAGGAUGACAUUGAAGAUUUACAUCUGAAUCGGAGGGAAGCGGAUCGUCAAAUGAGGAAUGUGAAGAAAAGAUUCAACAUGGUGAAAUGCACCAGGUGUCAUUUCUUCGACUUGAGUCACGUCUUCAUGGAGGACGACAAGUAUCUAACUUUUGACCGGGACCGAAUGAUAGGCUAUGUGGAUAACUCCGCCCAUUUGACUGGUGCCGGGAUGAAGAUGUGUGAGCCAGUGUUGAAGAGGGUUGCAGAGGAGAUCAUGAAGAAGUCGGAAGUUUGA